ACCUCAUUCAUCAACCAUCAGCACCGCCAGCCACUCAGUGCCCUCUGCAGCCUCGGCGCUCCCAAUUGUCGCCAGACCUCUUUUUUCUGUCAUAUGCCACGAGCUUGCUCGUUGAAACCCCGACUUGCAGGACAAUUUGAGCGUCUCCGUCAGACGCCUUCUACUCCCCGGGUUGACUUGUCGUUGCCGCUCUCGACUUUCAGCCAUCGCGAGCUAUCUGCGUGAGCUGUUUGAUUCGAAAGCGUCCCAAGUUUUCGUCGCACAUGCCGCCAAUGGAUCCGCAGAAUCAGCCAACGCAGUCGCAGCAAAACCGCGCUGCUCCAGUCUAUGACCCCAGCCAAGGAGGCCACUAUGGCGCUUGUGCGGCUCUAGCUUCUCAGGGUUUCGCCCCGGCUGAGCUCUACACUGGCCCGUGGGCUAAUGUCCAUCAAGGUCUUACCGGACAGUACAAGGACAUACUCACUACCUAUUGGCAACAGACCAUUACCCACCUGGAAAGUGAGACGCAUGAUUACAAGCUUCAUCAACUACCUCUUGCUCGCAUCAAGAAGGUUAUGAAAGCCGAUCCUGAAGUCAAGAUGAUUUCGGCGGAAGCUCCCAUCCUUUUCGCCAAAGGCUGUGACAUAUUCAUCACUGAGCUCACGAUGCGCGCCUGGAUACAUGCAGAAGAGAACAAGCGGCGGACGUUGCAACGGUCUGACAUCGCCUCGGCCCUUGCCAAAUCCGACAUGUUCGACUUUCUGAUUGAUAUCGUUCCUCGGGAAGAGGCAUCUUCGCAUGCUAAGAGAACCACGGCACAACCGGCGGCGGCCGCUCAAGCUGUACCCGCGCCUCCCGGUCAAGGCCAGAUGCCUGGCCAACACGCUGGCAUGGCUCAGCCAGCAAACCAUGCCUCGCAUCCGAUGGCCCCCGCGGACUAUAUGGGAGGACACCACAUGCCCACAGAGCAGGAUUACCGACAGAACCCCGGCAUGUAUUCCGGCCAGGUCCCUCAGGCCCCUGCCGCUCCGUACGGUCAAGCCCAAGCACCGCCAUCCAUGUAUGGAGAAAUGGAGGGCAUGUAUCCCUACUCAGCGAUGCAACCUCAGCAGGCGCCCAUGUCUUCUGAGGAAUUUGAGUGAAAUGAGCCAUAGGAUGUACCGUGUCUUGUGUAUAUAUUUUGUCAGAUGCGCGAUGAACUGCGCUUGUGCAGGGUGGCGUUCAGGAACCACAGUGCGCAAUAAUCUAGGUCAAUCCUGGUCUUCAAACGAUCGCUUUAGAUCAUUGCCAGGGAGCUACGUGUCCCAAGGGAGGGGAGCGGCUGCGUGCGAGUCGAGAUGUUGUUCUGUGCCGGCGCAUGUCACUUCAUCAUGGCGAAGCGACUUGACAAGUUCGACAACGGCGCGUUUCUGGCAGUGGCGUGCGUCACGGGUGUGAGUCUGGGGGUUAUGUUAGUACAUCCGGUCAAUUAGUGCAUUUUCUGCGACGGGCUGCGAUAAAUCAUACUUCUCAAGGAGGAGAGGCCCGUUGAGGGCGUCGACGCGUCCGUACUUUUUGUUGCGAAUCGAGAUAUCGAAG